AACACAAAGCAAAGAAACUACAACUUUCAAUUUUGUAAUGACGUGUGGCCUUCUGAUUUGACAUUAGAUGAUACUUUGACAAGCAAGUGUUGUCGUCAGGAAAGCCGACGAGUAAGCGUUCGACGCGAUCAUUUUUCAUUCGUUUUUGUUGCGUUACGUCUUGGCGUGUCUUGAGCCUUGUGUGAGCGACCUAUUGUUCGUUUGCCGGCGAAGAAGCAACACGCGGUUUUAGUUUAUCCCGACAGAACAUUAUAAGACUGUCCUACUAGUUAGGAUUAAUUCGUAAAAAUAAUAAGAAAAAGGGUAAAACUUUUAAUCAUGGGCGCUUUCGCAGCAGCUCUUGGGUUCCUCCUAUUAAUUGCUGCAGCCCGAUCAGAUGAGGCUCCCAAAGGACCUAAAGUAACUCAUAAGGUCACUUUUACAAUGAAAAUGGGUGAUGAAAAUAUAGGAGACAUUGUCAUUGGUUUAUUUGGUAAGACAGUCCCGAAGACAACAGAGAACUUCUUCCAGUUGGCUCAGAAGCCUGAAGGUCAAGGCUACAAAGGAAGCAAGUUCCACAGAGUCAUUGAUAACUUCAUGAUCCAGGGAGGAGACUUCACCAAAGGAGAUGGCACUGGUGGACGCAGUAUUUAUGGCGAACGUUUCGAAGACGAGAACUUUAAGCUCCGCCAUUAUGGUGCUGGAUGGUUGUCCAUGGCCAAUGCUGGCAAAGACACCAACGGAUCUCAAUUCUUCAUUACCACAACCAAGACUCCCUGGCUUGAUGGCAGACAUGUAGUGUUCGGAAAGAUCUUGGAAGGCAUGGAUGUUGUCCGCAAGAUUGAGAAAACUGUAACUGGCGCCAAUGAUCGCCCAGUAAAGGAUGUGGUGAUUGUGGACACCAAAACAGAAGUUGUGUCAGAACCUUUCAGUGUCACUAAAGAGAGUGCUGUAUAAAUAAAUAUUUAUUAAUAAAAUAGGUAUAACAUUUGUAUGUAGCUAGCAUUCAUUUUGCAAUGAAUUUAUUAAAAUAAAAAACUUGUAUUAGUUUGGUGCCACAAUUUUUUGUCACAGGGUGGACAUAAUGAGAUUUUAUUAAUUUAGUUCACAUAUUAUUUCUUUGAAACAUUAAUGUAAGUGAAACAUGCCAACACUAUUUUUCUUAAAUAAAAAGUUAUCUACACAUGGUUGUUUAUUUGUUUGAUACAUAGUUCAGCUUCCUGUUUCACAUCUUGAUUUUUUGACAUAACUCCCAGCUUCCAAGCAUAGCCACAGGACUUCCUUGCUGCAUCUAAUAACUGAGUUUUAAUAUAGGCCCUUCCUAAGUUUACAUACAUAGUGCCCACAUCUUCAAUCUUUGAUGUUUUUGCUAAUUCAAUAGCUUCUUUGAAAUACUUUAUGCUGUCAUCAGCAAGUCCAAGGCGAUCACAUACAGUACCAAUGUCAUUCAAUUGAAAUACUAGCUCUUCUUUGUCCGUGUCUGACACUAGUUUCAUCCUAUCAAGGGAAUUCUUCAUGAGCUUUAGGCCCUCUUCACAUCUGUUGAGGUCCACAAAUAAUCUGCCAUACCAAUCUUCAGCUAUUGCUAAGAGUUUUUGUGUUGCAUCUGAAGGAUCUGUUUCCACUAAUCUAUGUAAUUUCUCUAAGCACCAGUCAUACCCUAAUUGUGCUGUGGAGUAAUCUUUCUUCAGAUGGCUAACUCUUGCUAAUUUUACGCUGAGGUGGAUGACUCUAGGAUCAUCUUCUUGUGCACCAUCGGCCAUAAUUCUUUGUGUAACAGCAAUAAAUAGUUGCUUAGCUUUAUCUAGUUGUUCCCUCUGAAGAGCUAAAUUUGCCAUUACGUCGUAAACAUAGGUUAUACCAAGUUCGUGCCGAAUUUGUUGAGCUUGUCUCAAUGCUACAUGAAGUAACUGUUCAGCUUUUUCAAAUUCAUUACGCUGAAUAAACAAGAUGCAGUGUUUUAUUGUGUGAACAAGUUCAUCUUCAGCACUCAUUUUUUUCUCAAAUCCAAGCCAAGUGAAUAAGGAAAAAGCUAGUACACAUGGUUUUGUAGUCUUCGGAAUAUUAAAAACCUUAACUGAUAUUUUAGGAACUGAUCGAAAACUGCUGGUUACCCGAGACAAUGUGCUCCUCAACAACCUGUAUCUACUCGUCAUUAUUAUGCUGGAGUUAUUCGAAAUAUUAAUUGAUAGUAAUAUGUAUUACAUAAACACAUGAGUUAUACUUGGGUACUGUUGAAAUUAUGGGACUAUAUAGAACAACAUUAAAAACUUGUCUAAUUUAUAAAUAUUAGUGAAAAGUUUUUAUAUUUCUGAACUGCAGUUUUUUGAUUAUGUUUAAAUGGGUAACAAGGUGAUUGGAUAAAUUUUACUUCAGUUUUUUUUUUGUUUUUCAAUAAAUACAAAUUUUCCUUAAAAAUGAUUUUUCUUAAGUUGACAGUGACACUGACAGAAAUAGAAGAGAGCCAAGAGGCUCACAGAUAGAUUAUUCGUAAAAUUAUGUGAAUAAGGUCCAAAAUGUUAGAUGCGAACUUGUUCACUCUAUAAAACAGCACUAAAUCACCAGUCUCAAACUAUAUUUCAUAUAACUAUUUAGAAGUACGUUAUCCAACUAUUCCCACUACUAACUGACCGUUUUAGAAGUCAUUGCAGAUGCCUUAAGGU